AUGCUCGCGGUCAGCAACGUCCAUCAAGUCGCCAUCUGGACGGCGGAAUUCAGUCAGCACUGGAUGUCGUGGCUCGUGUAUGCGAUCGUGUUCGCGAGCCCAAUGCAAGUCCUGGUGUACUCAGGCGUGAUCAUCCUCGUGGGGUUGAUUGACUUAGUGACAUUCGUCACAGCAUCCUCGGAACUUGGCUCGGCAAUGAUUACGUUCUACGCAAUCUGUUGGAAUCUCUUCCAGUGGGCAUCAGAAGAGGAUAGGGCGCCUGCGUAUGUCCCAAAGAGGCUUCGCGGAACCAAGCCGUACCAACGUUGGGUGCUCAUCAGAGCAAGUGCAGCUGCUGCAGCAGUCAGACGAGGAGCACAAGCCAUCAAGUCCGUCAUAGCGGAUAUCGUGCAAUCACACGAAAGGACCGUGCAAGAGACGGUGAGAUCGAUCCCCAACGGUGAUCGUUGGGACGAUGAAGAUGGUCCGUACACGACGGCCGCGAACAAGCACGCGAAGGGGAGCGCUCCAUCCAUGUUGUGGGAUAUCGACAAGACCAACCAACAUCACGGACCGACAACGUUCCAGCUGUUCAUGAGGUUUCUUCACGCACUCAAAGGUGGAGCUGGUCUGGGAUGGAGCGAAGGAAGCCCAAUAGUGGCGAUGCAAUUGGUUCUCCUAUCUCUGAGCGGCUCAUUCAACAAUGGCUCCAGAGAUCACUCUUAUGACACGGACUCAGUUCUCAUUGCCAUCGACAACUGCUCAUCGAGGUGCAUUACCAACUGCAUGCAGGACUUCAUCGACACCCCAAAGAAGGUAAAUGUGUCCGUGCAGGGAAUAGGAGGCACAGUCAUGGCCACGUACAAGGGAACUAUCAGAUGGGCGAUCGAAGAUCAGAGCGGGAGAGUGCAUCAUUUCCUCAUCCCGGACACCUAUUUCAAUGCAGCCACGCCCUAUCGGCUACUGUCCCCACAGCACUGGGCGGCCGUGGCAAAUGACAAUUCACCAAACAAAAGAGGAACUUGGUGUGCCACGUAUCAGGACGCCGUGGAGCUGUUCUGGGACCAAAGGCAGUUCACGAGGGUCAUCCCACUGUCUCCGAGGAACAAUAUUGCAAUAGUCAGAAGUGCCCCUUCAUUUGCGAAGCUCCAUGCCUUUUGUGCAGAAGUAGCGCAAGAGAGCGGGCAGCAGCCAAUUGAUGAGUCGGAGCUAUUUGCCAUGCCCGCGGCGGCAGUGUCUGACGACGACAGCUCACAAGGAUUUCCAGCAGAGCGUGACCGAGGAAUUCAGAAUGCGGAAGGAUCUCGCAAAGAUCAGUCAAGUCCCAGUUGUGGACCAUGA